UUGUGCAUCAUGGGUAGCACUAUGUGGCAUGUGGAGUGUGGCAAAAUCUUAGUGUGGCACACCGAGGGCAGUCACUGGCUUAAUUUAAAGCCUGUGCUGGAAACACUGAUAGACAGAGGGCACGAGGUGAAGGUCCUGGUUCAAAAUGCAUCCCUUUUCAUGGACCCGUCCGAGCCCUCGAGGUUUGGUUACGAGCAUUUCAACGUGUCACUCUCUCUGGAGAUGGUGAACGACUUCAUGGAGGAGUUCCUUCACUUCUCCAUGUACGAGAUGGACCACAUGAGCAUCUGGGAGAUCUACCUGAGGUUCUACCAGCUCUUCAAGAAGGACACGGCGAUGUGCGUCCACAUUUGUGAAGGGCUGCUGAAAUCUGACGUUGUCAUGGGGAGGCUGAGGGAAGGCAGGUUUGACAUCCUGCUUGCAGAUCCCAUCUACCCCUGCAGCGAGCUGGUGGCCGAGCUGCUGGACAUACCCCUGGUGUACACCCUGCGCUUUUCCAUCGGUAACACCAUGGAGAGGCUGUGCGGGCAGAUACCAGCUCCCCCCUCCUUCGUGCCGGGAGCCAUGGGGAAAUUCACUGACCGCAUGGGCUUCACUGACAGGCUGUGGAACUUGCUCUUCUAUUUGUCACAGGACUUCAUAGCCAUGAAAGUGUGGGAAACCUAUGAUAAGCUCUACAGCGAUGUUUUAGGGAGACCAACAUCGUUCUGUGAAUCUAUGGGGAGAGCUGACAUCUGGUUGAUCCGUACCUACUGGGACUUUGAGUAUCCCCGCCCUUUUCUGCCCAACUUCAAGUUUGUGGGUGGACUUCACUGCAUGCCUGCCAAGCCUUUACCCGAGGACGUGGAGAAGUUUGUGCAGUCCUCAGGGGAUGAUGGGAUUGUGGUGUUCACUCUGGGAUCCAUGAUCAAGAACUUGACCAGAGACAGGGGAAACAUGAUCGCCCAUGCUCUGGGGCAGAUACCACAGAAGGUGCUGUGGAGGUACAGUGGAGAGAAGCCUGAGACUCUGGCUCCUAACACCAGAAUUUAUGACUGGAUCCCUCAGAAUGACCUGUUGGGCCACCCAAAAACCAAAGCUUUCAUUACCCAUGGUGGGACAAAUGGAAUAUAUGAGGCCAUUUAUCAUGGUGUGCCAAUGGUGGGCAUCCCCAUGUUCGCUGACCAGCCAGACAACAUGAUCCACAUGAAGAGCAGAGGAGCUGCUGUCAUCCUUGACUUUAACUCCAUGCAAUCCAAAGACCUGGUGGAGGGCCUCAACACUGUGAUACAUGACCCAUCGUAUAAGGAGAGCGCCAUGAGGCUGUCGCGCAUCCACCAUGACCAGCCGAUGAAGCCGCGGGACCAGGCUGUCUUCUGGGUCGAGUAUGUGAUGCGCAACAAAGGGGCCAAGCACCUGCGGGUGCAGGCCCACAACCUGACCUGGUACCAGUACCACAGUCUGGAUGUGCUAGCUGCGUUGCUGGCCAUGACCACCCUGGUCAUCCUCAUCUUGAUCAAAACAUGUGCCUUCUGCUUCAAGAGAUGCUGCACCCGAUCAAAGACGAAGAGCAAAGCCGAGUGA